AUGUUAAAGAAAAUUGUCUCCGGUGGACAAACUGGUGUGGACCGAUCGGCUUUGGAUGUGGCCAUUGAAUUAAAUUGGCCAUACGGUGGUUGGUGUCCCCGCAACCGAAGAGCAGAAGACGGAACUAUUGAUCCGAUUAAAUACGCGAAUCUCAAGGAAACAUCAGCUAGCCGAUAUUCACAACGUACUGAAAUGAAUGUGGAAGAUUCAGACGGAACUCUUAUAAUUAGUGCAGAUGGAGCGUCAAUGGGCUCGGGAACAAAGUUGACGAUAGCCUUGGCAGCAAAGCAUCAUAAACCUCUAUUUAUAGUUAAUUUAAAUGAAAAAAUAGAUGAAGGACAGGUCAUUGAAUGGCUUAACACAAAUAAGAUUGAGACAUUGAACGUUGCCGGCCCAAGAGAACAAACGUCACCCGGAAUUUACAAACAAGCUGAGACUUUUUUGCGAAGCCUUUUACAAAGAAUAAAAUCUUGA